AUGGCCUCCCGCGGACACGUGUUUUGCGUGGGCGUCUCCAGUUUCCUGGCCGUUUGCUCGUUGAUUCUGCUCGUCAUCGUCCUCUUUUCCGCGUCGUUCCGAUACAAUUUGGACAAUUUGGAGGGCACCAAAAACUACGGACUCUUCCGAUUCUGUUAUACACCCAAAACGGACUCACAAUCGCGAGACGGUAAUUUUUGUGGAAUUAAAAGCAACACCAUCUGAAACACGUUCGUUUUCAGAUGACAGUAACUCGAAGACGUGCCACCUACGCAACUACAUUAAUUCGGACCAAUGCAGUUCGAGUCUACGCAAUCGCGGAGGAUCGAACAAGGAAAAAUCGGCGAGGGACUGCUUUGGAGGUUCUAGUUUUUGAGUGUUGAGAAGAAUCUGAAGACGGAGGAGAGCAUUUGCAGACUUCGAACUGGCCACUAUAAUCCUAAUGUGCAUCUCGAUCGUCUGCUGCAUCAUCGCGUUCGUCUUCUCAUUUUGUGCAUUCUCCAAACAAAUUCGCACAAUUUCCCAGAGUAUCGAUCUCAUUUUUCUGCUUUUGGCCGGUAACUACACGACAAAAGUUGACUACCGUAACCCAUUUCAUUUGCAGCCAUUUGUUCGCUGUCCGGAUUCCUCGUUUACACGUACUAUUACGAGUUGAAGGACAAUCAGUACGAAGUGAUCGCCGGAUAUCAAUAUCAGGUUUGUGGGUGAUCAAACAAAUCCAAAAAAAGUGUUCGAAUAUUGUAGAUCCACUACGGCUGGGCGUACUACGUGUUCGGCGUCUCCUCGCUGCUCCAAUGGUCUUCAUUCGUGUGCAGUCUGUUCGGAUCCGCGUUCCUUCUCGUCAACAAGAACAAAAAAAGACAGUCGAAAGUGACGAGCACCUCCCUUUAA